UCUGAGCCAGACUCCCUACAAGGACUCCUUCAGACAAACACCAGCAGCAGUGGUGGCAUAAACAUCAAGGAAUAAAACACUGCGAACUACACGCAUUCAGUUAGUCAGCAUUUUCUCUUUUGCUCUGUGGAUUUUUCCCAAUAAUUAACUGAAGUUGGACUUUUAGAAAGUUUUCUUUUUGUUUUCAUACCAUGGCACUUCGACAAAACUCAGAAAGGGAACCAAGCAUCGAGUUGUUUAUUAAGGCUGGGCAUGAUGGUGAAAACAUAGGAAACUGCCCGUUCUGCCAGAGGCUCUUCAUGGUUCUGUGGCUGAAAGGAGUCAAGUUUACAGUGACUACCGUUGAUAUGAGGAAGAAGCCGGCUGAGCUCAAAGACUUGGCUCCUGGGACCAACCCUCCGUUUCUCCUCUACAACGGCACCCUUAAAACAGACUUCAUCAAGAUUGAGGAGUUUCUUGAACAAACACUGGCUCCUCCCAGGUAUCCUCAUCUCAGUCCAGUAAACAAGGAGUCAUUUGAUGUGGGUGCAGAUAUUUUUGCAAAGUUCUCUGCUUUCAUCAAAAACAGCCCAAACAACGCCUUGCAGGAGAAGAACCUUCUACGAGAAUUUAAGCGUUUGGACGACUUCUUAAAUACCCCCUUACCUGAGGAGAUCGACCACAACUCAACAGAAAACAUCACCGUCUCCAAGAGGAGGUUUCUGGAUGGAGAUCGCCUCACCUUGGCUGACUGCAACCUGCUGCCCAAGCUGCAUGUGAUCAGGGUUGCUGCCAAGAAGUACUGUGAUUUUGACAUUCCUAAUCACUUUACGGGUGUUUGGAGAUACCUGGAGACCGCCUACGAGAGGGAGGAGUUCAAGCAGACGUGUCCAGCCGAUGUAGAGAUUGAGAAAGCUUACUUCAGCGUUGCCAAGCAGACAAAAUAAACCUAAUCCUUUUGUUGCAUGUAGGGAUGUCGCUCUGUGGAGGGCACCACUGCCAUAAAAAUAACCCAAUGGCGAUGAAUCAGACACCCUAAAAACUCUGAUGACAUGUCAUGCUAACAUAUAUAUACUGGUUUUUUAUAGUUACACACAGAUAGAAAAGGCCAAAGGUGCAAUUGACUAUUAAUUAUUAGGUAGUGGAGUUGUUGUUUAUAGUGUAAAUAUAGUUACUUUUAAUGUGUUCUCAUUUUAAACUCAAUUGUUUAGCUCAGAGACACAGUUAAUGACCCUGUAAAUUAUGUAUGACCAUUAGGCUAGGUCAAUAACACACUAUUAAAAAAAAUCACACUAGUGUGUUUUGAAUGUUGUUAUCAUUUAUGGUUGCGCAAAGUUGAUAUUUACAAUUCAAUAUUGCAAAGAGAUUAAACUAACAUAUGAAAUAAUAAAUUUACAUCACUUAGAUGGCAUUUGUGAUAUUUAAGUUUAUUUUCAGUCACAAAACAAGACCAAUUCGCAGCUUCAAAAAUAUAUGUAUAGGUGUAUAUUUAUACCAUUUGAUGAUGAGAAAAGAAAAACCAAGAUGGACGAGGAAGAUGUUUGCAGCAGGGACACACUGCUGUCCUCUAAUUGGUCACACAGUAUUUCCAGAAACACGCUGCAAAGACAAACAUCCGAGGCAGAAAUCAGACACAACUUGGGUUUUCCUUCAGUGUCCAGCAUCUAUUUCUAUCAUGAAUACGUUUUGAUCCACUCAGACGUCCUAAAAUCCAAAAGUUUUAUGGAAAACUCAAAUCUGUGCUCACGGAGCAGUCUCUCAAGAAAUCAUGAUCCUAAUUAAGUUUUUCUACAUUAUAGUAACAGGAGUUUAUCAUUACAUAUUUCCUUCUUAUUAAUGUUCUUAAGUGUCAAUUUUUUGCAACUGGUAUUUUUUAUUAUUUACAAUUACAUCUGAAACAUUCCUUCAACAGAUAUAAAUAUGUCACACUUUAUUAGAAACAAAUACAACGUAAAUAUAUAUAUUAUGACACCAUAAUAAGAUAAAUAAUUGGUAGUGCCAACAUUUAAUGUAAUAUUUAUAUUAUUAAAGUUUUAUUUCUGUUAAAAAAAACUAUAAAUUCUUAAUAAUAAAUCAAAACUAAUGUUGCUGCUCAUACGUCACAAGACAAUAAAAAGGUUUUGGAAUUUGAAUAAUGAAAACAUUUAAAACUCAUUUUAGGCACAGAUUUGCUGACCUGUUUGUAUGUAAAAAAAAUCCUCUUAAAUAAGUCAUAAUGAUUUGAGGUGAAGUCUCAUCUUCUUCUAAAUGAAAGAUUAGAUGAAUCUCACCUCUCUUGUUAGUUUUUGGCAGACUCUGCUCUGAUCUGAGGAAAGUCUGAGAGCGAAGCUUGUCUGCUGCCGCCAGCUUUAGGACCACGUCCUUUAGGUCCUCCACCUGGAAAACAGUAUGAUAGCACAGAUGUGACACAUCUGGAUUUAAAGAGAAGACAUGUUCAGAUGGUUUUGUUGUGUUUUUAAGUUCGUACAUCAGAAGGCACUGCUACUGUUGUUCUUUUGCUUCUUUAUUUAACCUGGACUUUUGUGCGAGUACAUGUUUGACCUACUUUUGACUUGUAAAAUGUUUUGUUCUUUUUUUAACUUUUGCAUUUCUUGGUUUAUUCAUUGUUUUUUUUUCCAUGGUAACACUGAAAACGUUAUUUUUAAAAACUAAUCCUUAAACAAACAUAUGUGACGUGGCUUACCAUUGUUGCAAACUUUUCCUGUGGUGGUGAGUCUUUUACGCCUGAAAUUAAUUGUAUGACAUUGUUAUUGAACCUAUUCUUAAUAUAUUCUCUGACUAAUUAGACUUUAUGGCGUCAACGAUGUAUGUCGUUGUUACCUCUGUUCCAGGACACUCUCCCGUCGUUCUGCUGCAUCAGUAGAGGAUACAGAUUAUUCACCUCUCUGUGUUCCCCCUCAGCAGUGUUGGGUCCAUCUUCCACUUCUGACACCAACUUAUGAAUGAAAUCUGUUGCAAUAAAGCAAAUUCAUUUUUACUUA